AUGAGAUGUUUUCAGUUACCUUCUAUUACUCCCCUGAAUAUUAUUUCUCUCUCAUAUUUUUAUAUUCACUCUCCCGCUUUCCCUCUCUGGAUUAUAUUUUCUUACUUAUCUCUCUUUCACUUUCACUCUCUCUCUCUCUUUUCUUUACCUCUCUCUUUUUCUCUCUACUUCUCUAUCUCACUUUUUCUCUCUACUUCUCUAUCUCACUUUUUCUCUCUUCUCUAUCUCACUUUUCUCUCUCUUCUCUUUUUUUUCUCUCUUCUCUAUCUCACUUUUUCUCUCUCUCCUAUCUUUUUUCUCUCUCUCUAUCUCUUUUCUCUCUCUACUUUUUCUCUCUCUUCUCUCCCUUUUCUCUCUACUUCUCUAUCUCACUUUUUCUCUCUACUUCUCUAUCUCACUUUUUCUCUCUACUUCUCUAUCUCACUUUUUCUCUCUACUUCUCUAUCUCACUUUUUCUCUCUACUUCUCUAUCUCUCUCUUCUCUAUCUCCUUUUCUCUCUACUUCUCUAUCUCACUUUUUCUCUCUACUUCUCUAUCUCACUUUUUCUCUCUACUUCUCUAUCUCACUUUUUCUCUCUACUUCUCUAUCUCACUUUUUCUCUCUACUUCUCUAUCUCACUUUUUCUCUCUACUUCUCUAUCUCACUUUUCUCUCUAUCUCACUUUUCUCUCUACUUCUCUAUCUCCUUUUCUCUCUUCUCUCUUUUCUCUCUACUUCUCUCUCUCUUUUCUCUCUACUUCUCUAUCUCACUUUUUCUCUCUACUUCUCUAUCUCACUUUUUCUCUCUCUCUCUUUUUUCUCUCUCUCUCUUUUCUCUCUCUCUCUCUCUCUCUUUUCUCUCUCUCUCUCCUUUUUCUCUCUCUCUCUCCUUUUUUCUCUCUCUCUCUCCUUCUCUCUCUCUCUCUCUCUCUCUCUACUUCUCUCUCUCUACUUUUCUCUCUCUCUCUCUACUUUUCUCUCUCUCUCUCUACUUCUCUCUCUCAGGCUUUUCUCAUUUUCUUCUUUUUCUCUCUCUUUCAUUAUAUCUCUCUUUUCUGUAUCUUUCACGGAUUUUCUCUAAUUCUCUCUCUCUCUCUUGCUUUUUUUUUCUUACCUCUCUUUUUUCUCUUUUCUUGUUUCGCUCUCUCUUUUGUCUUUUUUCUCUCUCUCUCCCUCUCUAAGGUUGUUUUCUUUUCUCUCUCUCUCUCUUUCUGGCUUUUCUAUUUUUCGUCUCUCUCUCUCUCUCUUCUAUCUUGA